AUGAGCAACAUUGCAGCUGAGAAAGUCAAGAUAUGGCACACUUCAGCUGAGAGUUUGGCCCUGAGUUUGGUCAAACUAUUUCAUGGAUACACUGGGCAUGAUGAUAAGAUCAAUAGGGAAAAACUGCUGAAGCUGCUGAAGGAGAACUUCCCCAACUUCCUCAAUGACUGUGAAAGAAGGGGCAAAAAUUACUUAUGCAAUGUCUUUGAUGAAAAAGACAAGAAUAAGGAUAAGAAGAUUGACUUUACCGAGUUUCUCUGUGUAGUGGCGGACAUAGCCACUGACUACCACAAACAGAGCCAUGGUGCACCGCCCUGUUCUGGGGGAUGGCAGUGAUCCCAGGCCAGUCUAGCCUAGAAGCCUCCAGACACCCCCAAAACAAUAAAGUAUCUCCU